ACCAAUCAGAUUGCAGGAUUAGGAUUAGUGUGUAUGUUAGAUUUAGGAUUGGGUGAAGGGCUUUUAAGAAAUACUCCUCAAACUACUAUUUCACACUAUUUUGAGGGUUUAAAAGUGGUUAGGGUUUGAGUUAAGGGUAGGUUGGGGUAUCUUUGACUAAAACGUUGAUCCAGGAUCAACAAAAAAUGUUUAUCCAGGAUCACAUCUUACUUGGUGAAAUCACGGCGACCGUAAUACUGCACAGCUUUAGAAAUAAUUUGUCUCAGAUAUCUUUGUUUUGUUAAAUCAUUGCCAUAUAAGUAAAUUAAGAAAUUAUGAAACAUGAAUCAAUAUGAUUUAAUACUGUAUAUCUGCUCAACAUUUCAAUUCGGGAUAUCCACGUGCAUUUGCUCUAUACAUCAAAUCAAAACAGUGUUACAGAAGAGAUACCAAAAGAUGUCAUUUUAAUGAUAUAUUUUAAAAUGUAAGUAUCUUUAUAAAUAUAUAUAUAAGAAUACAUGUAGGUAAUCAUUUGCUUUGGAUGUAAGAUUCUUUUCUCAAAUGACUGCCAUGAAAGUUGGUAUAUGUUAAUAUACAUUUUCCAAUCCUCCAAAUUCUCAAAAUUUUAGCACUGGCUUUAUCUGUAGCUGUGAAACGUGACCUUGACUACUAAACUAAACAUAGAUACACACUUCAACACGUUUUUCUGACAUGUUUUAGGAGCAGCAUGUGAAUUAACAUCUGGCGUCAGACUGAUGAUAAACCUUGAUGCUUCACCAGACAGGUUUGAAAACUUGUUUGAGAAUUAGGGGCAUUUUUAUUUAAUAGUUUACAUGGUGACCUCGGAAAAAAAUCAGCUUAGCCGGCAGGAAAAUGCUUCAACGGAUUCGCUUGAACUUCUGGGUCUGUUGGAUCAUUUGGAGGAGGAAUACUUGAACACACAGUCUGAGCACGAGGCCGACAAGCCAACGUUUCAUUGUCACGGUCUGAAAGACAGCAGGUGCACGAGACGACACAAAACGCAGGCCAAGAGAAAGUUACUCAUCACAUCACUUGUAUGUCUGAUCUUCAUGAUCGGAGAAGUCAUUGGUGGAUAUGCUGCUCACAGUCUCGCUAUAAUGACAGACGCCGCUCAUCUUCUCACUGACUUCUGCAGUAUGUUGGUUAGUCUUUUCUCACUUUGGAUCUCCUCAAGACCCUCAUCUAAACGUCUGACGUUUGGAUGGCAUCGCUCAGAGGUUUUAGGUGCCCUGCUGUCUGUUUUGUCCAUCUGGGUGGUGACGAUAGUUCUCGUCUUGUUUGCUGUUCAGAGGAUCAUCAAUGAUGAUUAUGAUAUAGACAGUGAUGUUAUGCUUAUCACCGCUGGAUGUGCCGUAGUACUGAACAUUCUAUUGGUUUUAAUUCUUCAUCAGGGGUCAGGGGUUCAUCACCAUCAUGGUCAUUCUGAUGGUUUGACAGAAGAUCAGAGAAACACCAGCGUGAGAGCUGCUUUCAUACACACAGUUGGAGAUCUAAUGCAGAGUUUUGGGGUAUUGCUCGCUGCCAUUGUCAUUUACUUUCGGCCUGGAUGGAAAAUAGCAGAUCCUAUAUGUACAUUUCUGUUUUCAAUAUUUGUACUCGGUACGACGUUUACCAUUCUGAAAGACAUCUUUAAUAUACUCAUGGAAGGAGUUCCUCCUGGUGUUGACUUCAACUCUGUCAAAGAUCUUUUGUUAUCGGUUGAAGGCGUCAAAUCCACGCACGAUCUGCACAUGUGGUCACUUACUACAAGUGAAACGCAGCUUACAGUCCAUGCUGUUAUAGAUGAACGGACCGACCAACAGACUGUUGUGAUGGACAUGACCAAACUACUUCAGUCAAAAUAUGGAUUUGUCAAUAUCACCGUUCAAACAGAAACAUACAGAGAUGGCAGGAGUUUUUGCUUACAGUGUCAAGACCCAACAGACUGACAGGAUUUCAGUUUUUUUGUACAUUUCUUACAGAUUAUGCAAAUACAUACUAAUGACAAUAUAUGAAUGUAUUGGCUUCAGAAGACCUGAAAU